UCCCGCCCCAGCCAGUGCGAUUGGCGGUUCGCUCUCCAGCCGCCGAGCUUCAGCUUCGCCCCGGUUGAAGCGUAGUUGCGUAAAGAUCCCCUCCGUGUGCUGUUGUCCGCGCGUAAGGGAGGGUAUAGGUAACCAUCGCAGGAGCUCGGCAUCGACUGCUCGUGGUCAGGAACUGAGUUGGAUUAAGUCGAGCGGAGUUGAGUGAACUGGCUGGUGGGCUGACUGAAGGUGAAUACCUUCAGCUGGGCUGACUUCACCGGACUGCGCUGACAAGGGCCAGAGUGGGCUGGACUGGACUGAGCUGUACCGGGUCGCAUGGUGCUGGGCUCCUUUUGUGUUGGGCAUCUUGUCGGUGACAGCGCUCCGGUGGCGAGAAGCGGUGCCCGGCAGGGACGGAGGGUCCGGGAUUGCUGCGCGGCUCCGCACCCAAGCGCCCUUCGCGGACGGCGGACCCGAGCGUUGGCCCCGCCGGUCCCUGGACCAUUUCAGCGGGACCGUUGCUGACCCGCAGAUUUCUUCAAGCGUGCGGGGUGAACACGCCAUUUUUGUGAGGUGCUCGGGAGGUAAAUAGCCGCGAUGGAGAAAUACGACAAAAUCGCGAAAAUCGGAGAGGGUUCCUACGGCGUGGUGUUCAAAUGCAGGAAUAAAGUCAGCGGACAGAUAGUGGCGAUUAAGAAGUUCGUGGAGUCGGAGGAUGACCCCGUUAUCAAGAAAAUCGCCAUGCGCGAGAUCCGGUUGCUAAAGCAACUGAAACAUGGCAACCUUGUCAACUUGAUUGAAGUGUUCAGAAAGAAACGAAGACUUCAUUUAGUUUUUGAGUACUGUGACCACACUGUGUUAGAUGAAUUGGACCGAUACCCAAAAGGGGUACCUGAUCACUUGGUGAAGAGAAUCACUUGUCAAACACUUCAGGCUGUCAACUUUUGCCAUAAGCAUAAUUGCAUACAUAGGGAUGUUAAGCCAGAAAAUAUCUUAAUUACAAAAGAUCACAUCAUUAAGCUUUGUGAUUUUGGUUUUGCCAGGAUAUUGACUGGUCCAGGAGAUUACUAUACUGAUUAUGUUGCUACCCGGUGGUACCGUGCUCCUGAACUGUUAGUUGGAGACACUCAGUAUGGUCCUCCAGUGGAUAUUUGGGCAAUAGGCUGUCUUUUUGCAGAAUUAUUAUGUGGAGCCCCCUUGUGGCCAGGGAAGUCAGAUGUUGAUCAGCUCUAUCUGAUAAGAAAAACACUAGGUGAUUUGAUUCCACGGCAUCAACAAGUCUUUAGUUCAAACCAGUUCUUCAAUGGAGUGAGCAUACCAGUGCCAGAUAAUUUGGAAACUUUGGAAAUGAAGUUUGCAAAUAUUUCUCAAAAUGCCCUUGGAUUAAUGAAGGGCUGUUUGAAAAUGGACCCUGACGAUCGUCUAAACUGUGAGCAGUUGCUGGAUCUCCCUUACUUCAACAACCCUAGAAGAGAAAAGGAAAUGGUCAAACAAAAACCUCUCAAAAGACGUGUGAGACAACCAAACAGAAAUGUACCGGUAAUGCAGUAUUUACCACAUCUUACUGGCAGCAAUAUCUUACCAUCCAUGGAAAGCAAAGAUUACUUCAAGAAGAAAUAUAAUUACCAUCUACCAAACAUUUGACUAAACGGGAUGCAUAUCCAAUCAAGAAUUUACCUGAAAAGAUGCUCUGAGGGAAGUGUACAAACUAUUGUAAAGUGAGGGCUUGGA